AUGACCGAAUGUCUUGAGAUCGUAGGGUCCUUAGCUAUUCCUAAGCCCGGUUCGACCGGUCUUCUUGCCUCGUCAAGUUCGCCAGUCACUUGCUAUUCGAUCUGCCUGUUCACUGAUGUCGGGGACCAUUCCAGACGCCCUCCCGCAGGGGUCGAAGCUUUGGCAAAGCUGCUCAACUUGGGCUAUCUCGACUGCGAUGCCUCGUCGGUCUUGGCUGGAGCAAACGUCUGGCCGCCGCACCUUCCGCCACAGAAACAUGAACGUCGCGACUUGAUCAUGAUCGCGGCGCUGGUCUACCAUCCCGACGUCGGCCUGAUCCUCUUCGACUCGGGCAGCUGUGAAGAUGUGGCCGCGCACUGGUAUCCCUCGAUCAACGAGUGUGCGCCUCGAACCUGGGAGAAGAGCGUCCACGGCCUGCCAGAAGCGAUUGCUGCCACCGGCGCUGGUACCAUUAAGGAUGUCAAAGCGGUCGUGUUGAGCCACCUCCACCACGACCAUGCAGGAGGACUCGAGCACUUUAUUGACACAGAUGUGGAGAUCUGGUGCCAUGAAGAUGAGCUAAAGUACGCCUUUUGGGGAUGCGCCACGGGCGUCGAUCGUGACUUUUACAAUCCGCACUACCUGCAGCCGGAGCGCUUCAACUGGAAGACCUUCAACAGAGAGGUCUUUGAUAUCUGGACCGGGGUCAGCUUGCACCUCACGCCGGGCCACACAUGUGGGUCCAUCAUCAUGGAGGUAAGGAUGCCACAGGCCGGCUGCAUCGUUAUGACCGGGGAUCUCUUCCAUGUCAAGGAGAACUGGGAGAAUGGGCGUCCUCAGGGCCCACUGAUGCGGGACUACGUCGCGUGGCAUCGAAGCUUGGACUAUGUGAGACAUCUGGUGAAGGCAAAGAAGGCGCGUAUCCUACUGGGUCAUGAGCAGAGCUACUUUGACACCUUUGCCAAAAGUCCGGAGUACACGGAAUGA